AUGCCCAUUGGAAACGACUUACUUGCCAGUAUGGCGAAGAGAAAGGUGGCUCGUACCGCCCGCGUGUCAAGCUGGGACCAGAAAGGUCUCAAUGAGGACGCCUUUGUCGUUUUGCCAGGCGAGUCAAUUGUGCUAGCCGACCUCGAAGGCCCCGGUGCCAUCACGCACCUGUGGUUUGUCCAAACUUGCCGCAAGAUCCUGGGACCAGGUUUGAUCCCCUACUCCAAAUCCGGGGUUGCCAUGAUGGAAGUCCACAACGCACUUGGCCUCAAUUAUGAAGUCAGCGACCCAGACUACUACCGCAAGGUGCUCAUCAAGAUGUACUGGGAUGACUCGGAAACCCCCAACGUUAUCGCCCCGAUCGGAGACUUUUUCUGUCUUGGCCAUUCUAUGGCGGCCAAUUUCCAGUCACUUCCCUUCACGGUCUCGGUAAAGCCAUCCGAAGAGAAGAAAUUUGGUGGUGCUGCCGCCUUCAACUGCUACCUCACCAUGCCUUUUAACAAACAGGCACGCAUUGAGAUCGAGAAUCAAAAUGACGAGGCGUACUUCCAGUACUUCUAUAUCGACUACGAACUGUAUCCGGAGCCUCUGCCUGCAGACACGCUUUACUUCCACGCUCACUGGCGCCGUGCGAAUCCCACCAACGGCUGGGCUCCAUCUCGCAUCCAAACGAAUAGCCUUGAGACGCAAGUGCCCAACCUGGACGGUCGUGACAACUACGUGGUUCUUGAGACUGAAGGUGCUGGUCAAUUUAUCGGCUGCAACCAAUCUGUCGCUCACUUCCAAGGUACCUGGUGGGGCGAGGGUGACGAUAUGAUCUUCAUCGACGACGACACAUGGCCACCCAGCAUGCACGGCACCGGUGGUGAAGACUACUUCACUCAAGGAUGGGGCAUGCAGAAGAAUGCAUACCCAUUCUGCGGCACCAUAAUCCACGAAGAGGAUGUUCCGAACUACCAGGUCAGCUACCGCUGGCACCUCACCGACCCAGUGCGCUUCAACAAAAAGAUCAAGGUCACUCUGGAGUCUGGGCAUGCCAACCAUCUCCGCGAUGACUGGAGUACCACCGCAUACUGGUACCAGACCCUUCCUGGCCCCAAGCUGGAUAUUCUGCCAGUCGAGAAGCGCAUCCCGCGCAAACCUCAGUUCCCGCCUGCAGACGAUGUGCCCGAGGUGGACGUGAGUACUUUGUCCUCGCAGAAACAGGCAAUGGUCAAGCAGAGGGAUGAGAGAAUGGAGGCUUUUGUUAAGGAUCGAAACGAGUGGCUGGCGCGUCGCGCUCAGGAUUCUCAGGACCGAGCACGAAACAAUGUGGAGAUCUGUAAGGAUAUUCGACGCCGCUUUUUUCAGGGGCUUGAUUCCUAA